UUGGAGCUACAGUGGAUUCGGGCUGGAAUUUUCUGACGCCGUAUGUUUUUCCUAAAUAUUUGUUAUCGUACAUCGUUGGGGUCCGUUAACCGUGCGCGAUCGGCGCCCUAAACGGCAGUGGAAAUGAUGAACUCCAGUGUCGACCUGUCCCGGCGGAAUCCGCAGGAGGAUUUCGAGCUGAUCCAGAGGAUAGGAAGCGGCACAUACGGAGAUGUGUACAAGGCUCGUAAUGUCAACACAGGAGAACUGGCUGCUAUCAAAGUCAUCAAACUGGAACCUGGUGAGGACUUUGCCGUCGUCCAGCAGGAGAUUAUCAUGAUGAAGGACUGUAAACACUCCAAUAUUGUAGCCUAUUUCGGCAGUUAUCUACGGAGAGAUAAGUUAUGGAUUAGUAUGGAAUAUUGCGGAGGAGGUUCACUGCAGGAUAUCUAUCACGUAACUGGGCCUUUGUCAGAGUCACAGAUCGCCUACAUGUCACGGGAGACACUGCAGGGGUUAUAUUACCUACACAACAAGGGCAAAAUGCACAGAGACAUCAAGGGAGCCAACAUCCUCCUGACAGAUAACGGCUAUGUCAAACUAGCUGACUUUGGUGUAUCAGCCCAGAUCACAGCAACACUUGCCAAGAGGAAGUCAUUCAUUGGAACUCCAUACUGGAUGGCUCCAGAGGUUGCAGCAGUGGAGAGGAAAGGAGGUUACAACCAGUUAUGUGACAUCUGGGCCGUGGGCAUCACUGCAAUAGAGUUGGCUGAACUACAGCCGCCCAUGUUUGACCUGCACCCUAUGAGGGCUCUGUUUUUGAUGACCAAAAGUAAUUUCCAGCCUCCGAAGUUGAAAGAUAAAAUCAAAUGGACGAACAAUUUCCACCAUUUUGUCAAACUAGCCCUUACCAAGAACCCAAAGAAGAGGCCCACAGCUGAGAAACUGUUACAGCACCCUUUUGUGUCACAGCCCCUCAGCAGGACCCUGGCUAUCGAGCUGCUGGACAAAGCCAAUAACCCCGACCACAGCACCUACAAUGACUUUGACGACGAUGACCCUGAACCUGAGUCUCCGGUUUCUGUUCCUCAUCGUAUCCGGUCCACCAGUCGGAGUACCAGAGAAGGGAAGACACUGUCAGAGAUUAACUUUGGUCAGGUUAAGUUUGACCCUCCAUUAAGAAAGGAGACAGAGCCCCACCAUGAACCAUGUGAUUCUGAGCCCUAUCUGGACUGUGUCGAGGAGCUCUACUAUACCGCGAGAUCUAAUCUGGACCUCCAGUUGGAAUACGGUCAUGAUUCACCAAGUCUACUGGGAGGAAACAACAAGAGUCUUCUCAAAUCUGUGGAGGAGGAGCUACUGCAGAGGGGCCAUGUGGCACACUUAGGGGAUGAUGAGGAUGAGGAUGAUGAUGGUGCUGAUGAUGAAACUCACACUCAUAAAUCCAGCACUAUCAUGAGGCCAAAGGUCCCUCCUCCACUCCCUCCCAAGCCCAAGUCCAUCUGCUCGACUCCGCAACAGCCGCAGCAGCAGCAGAAACACGAUGAUAGCCAAUCACACAGUGAGGAUGAUGGUGGAGGGACCAUCAAACGCUGCCCUGUACCUGAGACGCCAAGCCCUGCUAAAACCGCCUCCAACGUCCCCCCUCGGCCUCCGCCCCCGAAGCUGCCGCCGCACCGCCGCAGUAGCCUAGGUAACGAGAGCACGAAGUGCAUGGACGUCGAAAAGUCUGCUCCAGAGGAUGAUGGGAGCUUUAGGCAUUUCUGGGAGUGGCUCCACACGCCUCACACAGAGGAGGAGCUGGAGGAGGCAUGGGAGGUGCUGAAGGAGGUGAAAGAGGAGCAGGAAAAAGAGGAGGAAAAGGAAGAGAGUAACGGUUUAAACUCUCCACACAAUGGGGAGAGGGACAGUCCAGCAGACCGACAGUCCACCAUGCCUCCUAGUGUCCCCAUACGGAAAGACAAGAAGGAUGCCCCUAAGCCCAUCAGUAACGGACUCCCACCUACACCUAAAGUCCAUAUGGGUGCGUGUUUCUCUAAGGUGUUCAAUGGCUGCCCUCUGAAAAUUCAUUGUGCCACUUCCUGGAUCAAUCCAGACACACGAGACCAGUAUUUAAUAUUUGGAGCUGAAGAGGGGAUCUACACGUUAAACCUUAAUGAGCUGCAUGAGACCACCAUGGAGCAGCUCUUCCCUCGACGAUGUACAUGGUUAUAUGUCAUGAACAACUGUCUGCUCUCUAUAUCUGGAAAAGCCUCUCAGUUGUACUCUCACAGUCUGAGCGGUCUGUUUGAACAGGCCAGACAGUUGCAGAAGUUACCUGUAGCCAUUCCCACACACAAGUUGCCUGAUAAGAUGAUUCCCAGGAAGUUUGCUGUGUCCAAUAAAAUUCCAGACACUAAAGGGUGCCAAAAGUGCUGUGUAGUGCGUAACCCGUACACAGGCCAUAAAUACCUGUGUGGAGCCUUCCAGUCCAGUGUCAUGCUGUUGGAGUGGGUGGAGUCCAUGCAGAAGUUCAUGCUCAUUAAGAACAUAGACUUCCCUUUGCCAUGUCCGUUGGAGGUCUUUGAGAUGUUGGUGGUCCCAGAGCACACGUACCCUCUGAUCUGCGUGGCGGUCAGUAAAGGCACCGAACUCAACCAAGUUGUCCGAUUCGGCACCGUCAACCCCAACGCUACCUCCUCCUGGUUCACAGAAGCAGACACACCACAGUCAUGUGUAAUUCAUGUCACACAGCUAGAGAGAGACACCAUCCUCGUCUGCCUUGACAGAUGUAUAAAGAUAGUGAACCUUCAGGGCAGGUUGAAAUCCAGCAGGAAGUUGUCAGCAGAGCUCACCUUUAACUUCCAGAUUGAAUCCAUAGUUUGUCUUCAAGACAGUGUGCUGGCCUUCUGGAGACACGGCAUGCAGGGGCGGAGUUUCAAAACCAAUGAGAUCACCCAGGAGAUCUCAGACAGCACACGAAUCUUCAGACUACUGGGAUCAGACAGACGUGCUGACACUAGAGAUCCAGAGGCCGAGGACAGAGGCCUCACUCUGCCCAGGGUGGUGGUGCUGGAGAGCAGGCCCACGGACAACCCCACAGCCCACAGCAACCUCUACAUCCUGGCAGGCCAUGAAAACAGCUACUGAGACGCACACACACGCACACGAAGAGACACAGACACGCAAACACACGAAAACCAGUAAUGCAAACCAGGGCGUGAGCGACUGGGAAACACACUCGCCCCUCUGUCCCUACACCGAAACACACACACCGCUUCGUACUCACCCACACCAGCCUCCACCUUCUCACCCAGCUACUGGCAGAUGAGCGGUGCAGGGGCGUCAGACGUGGAUUUCCAGUUGCAAAAGCACCGGCGGUGUUGAUAUGUUAGCGUUGUAGAAGAACCAUGCAGCUUGUGUACCCUGCAGCCAUGUGACUUUAGAUCAGUGUUCCUCAAAGGGUUAAAGGUUAAAACAGCUGGUUUGAGGCCAGUUUCUGCUCACAGGGGUUGAGCUCGGGUGUAGUAAUCUGGAGGAUUUGAUGUCUUCUCCUUGUACCAUCCCACCUUCCCCUGCACAUUAAGAAAACCCCAUCCAGCACAGAGGCGUAACUUCAACACUACUUCUACUACUACUUCUGCACAUAUUACUACUGCUACUGCUACUAGCGCUAAGCUUCACAGAAGAGCCAUCUUGCACAGAUAACCAUGUUCCUGUCCUUCAUUGUCCUGUCUCUUCUUUACUUCCUUUUAUUUUAUUUUAUUUUUUUUUACUUUCCUCCCUUUUGUUAAACACCUUUAUUUAUUGUGGCAUGAUGUAACUGUAACAACCAGGAUGGCUUUCCUGUUUUAUUAGUUUUUAAAAAAAAAGGAUCGGAAAAAAAAGAACAGACUAAAAAUGCUUCGCCACCUCUGCUAGCAUCAACUUCUGAUACCCGUCACCACACAAGUGCUUGAUUGACCUCUAUUUAAUUGUUGUAAAUAUAAAUGUAGUAUUUUUUGACAACGAACAGACGAACACUAAAAGGACUGGUUGUGUAGAUAUAGGCGUGUGUCCGGUUGCUCUGUACAACUGUGGAGACAAAUGGAAAAAAGACAGACAGGUGUGGAGGAGCGACAGGGCUUAAAAUCGCCUUCCUGGUUCCCCCGGUCAUGUGACGAGGAAGCAGAGACCCGUACUGUCCCCUGAGGAGAACAGCUCUGUAAUCGGCUGUUUAGUCUAAUACCACGUGGAGCUCAGGAUGAGACUGAGCAAACGCGGGAUGCAGCGCCGACCGUUUUCAUUCUGCAUGCGCCACCGUCGUAUCCUCCUAGUCGUGUGCACCAUAGCAGCUGUCGUCAGGGCAGUGGGCGUUGCGUUCAUUUGUAUUUGUUUCCCCGUUUCAGCAAAACCCUUCUAUCUUUUUUUAUGCUGUUUUUAAUCAGAAAGCUCAUCUUUUUUUUUGUUUUAUUUUGUCUUUAUUUUUAAUGAACCACUGGUGUUAAAAUUUUGCACAAGGAAAAAGGUAUUUGAUUAAAAAAAAAUGUGAUGUCAUUAUAAUAUAUGACCUUGUAUGUAUGCACAAUGUGUGCGCGUGUGUAUGCGUGUGUGUGUGUGUAGACAUAGAAUAUGCACCAGUAAAAGUGCAUGAUGUACAGAUCUGGUCUUUUAACAAGUUUCUGCUCAAGGCUGUUCUGACAAAUUUAGAAUAACAGGGAAAAUUGAUUUAUACAGAGGAAGAAGUCAUUUGUAUUUAUGUUUAUCCAGUAGAUUCUAUCUAUGUUGUGCAUUAUAAAGAGAGUAUUGACGUGCACAUCUAUGUAGUUACACAGCUAUUGAGAAAUAUGUGGAAAAACCCUUGCAUACGCUUUGGAUAGAGAUCAAACUGGGAUUUAAUGGACGUGUAAGAUCAUUCUAGGAAUUAAAUCUGUUGUGAAAUGCCCUGUAGAAACACCUUUUAAAAGUACAGGAAGUUGUCCAGUUAAAAUGAUGUCAUAUUUCCCCUUGAAUGAUUUACAAAGGUCUAAAUAACGGCGAAAGAACGCUUCUCUGUCUGGUACUCAAAGAUUUGUUUCCUCAAUAAGAGUUCCAGUCUUUGGUCUUUCUUUAAAAAGCUGAAACA